UGCGUCUUUACCCCAGCACCCAUCCCGGGACGGGAGCUGCAGGCUGGUGAGGCUGGGCGCAUGUCCGCGGAGUGCGGGGAACCUGGGCCCGAGGGGCUUCAGGGCUGGUGCCCGGGGCCAGGCGGGCACUCAGGGGCCAUGGGCUCGGGUCCGUGCCCCUCUCCAUCCACGCCCACCCCCUGGAGGCUGCCCCGCUGGAGAGCUUACGUGGCUGCUGCCGUGCUCUGCUACAUCAACCUCCUGAACUACAUGAACUGGUUCAUCAUUGCAGGAGUGCUGCUGGACGUACAGAAGUUUUUUCAGAUCAGUGACAGCAGUGCUGGUUUGCUUCAGACAGUCUUCGUCGGCUGCCUGCUGCUGUCUGCACCCGUGUUCGGCUACCUGGGCGACCGACACAGCCGCAAGGUGACGCUGAGCUUGGGUGUCCUGCUCUGGUCAGGAGCAGGCCUCUCCAGCUCCUUCAUCUCCCCCCGGUACUCCUGGCUCUUCUUCCUGUCCCGGGGGGUGCUGGGCAUUGGCACUGCCAGCUACUCCACCAUUGCGCCCACCAUCCUGGGAGACCUCUUCGUGAGGGACCAGCGAAUCCGAGUGCUGGCCAUCUUCUACAUCUUUAUCCCUGUUGGAAGUGGUCUGGGCUACGUGCUGGGGUCGGCUGUGACGGAGCUGACCGGGAACUGGCAUUGGGCCCUCCGAAUCAUGCCCUGCCUGGAAGCUGUGGCCUUGGUCCUGCUUAUCGUCCUGGUUCCAGACCCGCCCCGGGGAGCUGCUGAGAGGCAGGGGGUGGUGACCGUUGGGGGCCCAAGGAGCACCUGGUGUGAGGACGUCAGAUACCUGGGGAGAAACUGGAGUUUUGUGUGGUCGACCCUUGGAGUGACAGCCAUGUCCUUUGUGACUGGAGCUCUGGGCUUCUGGGCCCCCAAGUUUCUGUUCGAGGCCCGUGUGGUGCACGGGCUGCAGCUUCCCUGCUUUCGGGAGCCAUGCAACAGCCAGGACAGCCUGAUUUUUGGGGUACUGACUGUCGUGACUGGCCUUGUUGGGGUCAUCCUGGGAGCAGAGGCUUCAAGGAGAUACAGGAAAGUCAACCCGAGGGCUGAGCCCCUCAUCUGUGCCGCCAGCUUGCUUGCUGCAGCCCCCUGCCUCUACCUGGCUCUCAUCCUGGCCCCGACCACCCUCCUGGCCUCCUACGUGUUCCUGGCCCUCGGGGAGCUGCUCCUGUCCUGCAACUGGGCCGUGGUUGCUGACAUCCUGCUGUCCGUGGUGGUGCCCAGGUGCGGGGGCACGGCAGAGGCGCUUCAGAGCACGGCGGGCCACAUCCUGGGAGAUGCCGGCAGCCCCUACCUCACUGGACUUAUCUCCAGCGCCCUGCGGGCUGGGCGUCCCGACUCCUACCUGCAGCGCUUCCUCAGCCUUCAACAGAGCUUCCUGUGCUGCGCCUUCGUUAUGGCCCUGGGUGGCGGCUGCUUCCUGCUGACUGCACUGCACCUGGAGAGAGACCAGGCCCAGGCCCGGCAGCCAGGCACAGGGAUCCCCGACAGCAAGGACGUGGCCAGCGAGGCCACGGAGAGCCAAGGCCUGCUUCCUAGCACAGGUGCCUCCCCAGAGGACCCCUGAGGCCCCUGCCCUGCAGCGAGGAGGCCCCACCCACCCUGCUCGCACCCUUCUGGGCGGCCUCCACUGUAUC